GGAGUGCAUGUAGUUGCAGUCAUCGUGACAGAGUCUGGUUAUUGAGUGAUGAGAAGAGCAAAUUUUCAAAAAUUCCCACCAUGCUGCAAAACUUUUAAGUGUUCCCUUUCCAACUUCUGUCCGUCAGCCCUUUUAAGCCUCUCUAGUGAAGCCCAAGAUGGCACGACCAGCCUCCAAAGAGACUUUCAAGCAGAGGAUUGCUAGCAUUUUCCGUAGGAAAGAGAGUGCCAUUAUCCCCAAUGUCGCAACAGAAUCGAGAUCUGAGGAAUUCCUCAUCACACCUGCUCUGCUAAAGGAGAUUCACCGAGACAGCCCGCCCAGCCAACGAGUUAAAGCGAUCCGAGAUCUCUGUGAAUUAGUAACAACCAAGCGACUGGAAGAUAAUGGGAUUGAGGCAUUGUGGGCAGCAACGUCAGAUUUCCUGGAGCCUCAUGUACCAGUGGAACACAGACACCUCAUGCUGACUUUUAUCAAAUGCAUCAUUGUUGGGCAGAAUGAAAGGCUCGAAGUUAUGAGGGCCGUAUUCUUUGAGGUCAUCAAGAAGCACUCCAUCUUUGAAGACCUGCCACAGCGAUUGGAUGUUCUGAAGUCGUUAAGCGCUAAUGGGAAAAACCUGCUUCAUUUUGAGGAGGAUAUGGGUCCGUUUCUGCUUGCCUGGAUGCCAGAUGUGAUCAGUUAUGGCAUGUCAGUCUUGACAGCCGAGUUUCUGGGUCUUCUUGUCAAUGUCUUCAAGUUCAACUCCUGUUACCUUGACGACCACAUUGUGUCUGGACUUGUCAAACAUACCUGUACAGUGUGCAGUCGUACUGGUCGUGAGUAUGACAUUGAGCAAUCAUUGAAGGUGCUAGACGCUGUGGUUUGCUACAGCUGUCUUCCAACUGAAGCACUCUAUAACUUUGUGACAGCUCUGUGCCGAACCGUUGGCGUACAGCAGUUUGCUCAAGCCAGUUGGAAGCUGAUGAGGAAUCUAUUAGGAACUCAUCUCGGGCACAGUGCAAUCUACACCAUGUGCACUAUUAUGGAAAAUGGGCAGAACCAAGGAGAUGUGAUUCUGUUGAGAGGGGCGGUGUUCUAUGUUGGUAUGGCCCGAUGGGGGUCUAUGAGGGUGGCUUCCCUCAAACACAAUUUCACCUCUGUCUUACCGUCAUUCCUGAAGGCUUUACGUUGCAGACAUCCCACAGUUGCCUAUGAAGUGACUCUCUCCUUGCAGCGAUUGGUCAAGAAAUAUGGCAAGGACAUGCAGCCAGUGACUUGGGACAUUGUGCUGGACAUCAUCGAGGAUCUCUUUAAGAACAUACAGAUCUAUUCAACCCAUGAACUUCUACCAGAUGAUCUCCAUGACCUUCUGACGACAACAGAAAUGUUGCAUGACAUCAAAUCCUUCAGUGGUUCAGCUUCCAGAUUAUUUGGAAUAGUUGAAGAAUUUGCCGAGAUCAGACCAGAGACAUCUGUUUUGACCCUGGUGUCAUUCCGAGCUCAGUCUAUCCACCCCACCAAGGUCGAUUGGAUUCAGAAUCUUCAAGGUUUGAUGGAUCGCUACUUUAAGAAUGAAUAUCGCACAGCCAUCCGAGAAGCAGCUCUACGUGUGCUGUCAUCAGUUCUCAGCUCUACGAGUCAUCUCUAUGAGGAUGACUUGAUAGGGAUGGUCGUCCUACCUCAGCUCAGCCACAUUGCUGAGGAUCAAGACGCCAUUGUCCGUCAAGCUGCUGUCCAUCUGUUAAUGGAUGUAGCCCAAGUUUGUCAGACUCCUCGUUGCUUGGACAUACUGGACAUUAUACAAAAGGUUGUUAUGAGACCCAUGCACACCAAAGCAAGCCUGGGAUUCACCACUGAGGUAGCUGAUCCAUCGAAGACCCCCUUACCUCAUACGAGGGUUGCAGAGAAUGAUAAUGAAUUGGUUGAUAUCAAGGCAGCUGUCCAGAGCCUCAUGGAACUCUUUAGGUCUAAAUUGUACCGUCUGCCAUCCAACCACUGUGUUCUUGCCUUUGAGUUGUUAGUGAAGCAUAUGCAAGCCCAGUACAAGCAUGGCUACAACUCGGCCACGGCUCGGACAAUCAGACAUAUGGUAUUUGAGUAUCUUUUGAUGCUGCGUUCAGACAGCAUGUAUCACAUUGGUCUACCAGACAAAGAUGGAAACAUGAAAUACAGCUCCUAUGUUCUCUGUGAUUACAAACUUGAGAUGGAUAUUACAUCUAAGACCUUGCCGCCCACAGUUUGUGCAUCCCCGCCCCUUGGGGAACGUUUUUGUAAGACUACAUUCAUUCCAUUUGCUGACGCCUUCAAAGUCAUCACCACUUGCCUGAAACAUGAAACUGAUUGGCAAGUGUUGAGUAUGGUAUCCCAGAGCCUAGCUAAAGCUCUUCAGAACAGAACAUUGGUCUUAGCCUCUAAUGCAAACCUUGAUCUUCUGUGCAUUACACUGUGCUCCAUGGUAAGUCAAGUCAACUGUGCUAGUACUAUACUGGACUCCCUGGGGGUAUACAGCUUGAUGCUCCCAUCUGAGCUCCCUGGGGUGGACCUUAUCAAAUGUCUUGAGGCUGGACUGAAGUUGAAGUGUGCUCAGCAGUGUGUAGAUGGUCUGACCCUUUGCGUCAUGGAAAUGCAGGACACCAUGGUCAAAAUACUGCCCUCUAUCAUCCUAGAGAUGUCCAAGAUGUCAGCCACGCCCAAUAUGGCCAUCCCUGUCUUGGAAUUCCUGUCAAGUUUGAUCUGGUUUCCUCAUCUGUAUGCCAGUUUUGUUGAGAAUCAGUACAUGAGUAUCUUUGCUGUGGCUCUGCAUUAUACCAACCCUUUCAAGUUUUCAUUGUAUGUGGUUUCACUAGCGCAUCAUGUCAUUGCGAUGUGGUUCAUCAAGUGCCGUCUUUCAUUUCGUAGGGAGUUUGUGAAUUGCAUUACAAGGAGUUCAGAUUUCUUUGCUGAGGUGGAAAAUUUCUUCAUCAUGACAAAUUAUCUCAAAAGGAAACAUUUCUCCCCCAGAUCCCCAGUUGCUGAAUUCCUUUUGGCUGGUGGCCAAUCACAGUCCUGGUUGCUAGGCAACAAGAUUAUCACCAUAACAACAAGUGGGGGAAGUUCCAGAAUGCAGAAGAAUGGAAUUUGUGAUAAGUGCCAUUCACUCAUCAAACUUGAAACUGGGGAAGAUGCAAAGCAAAGCACCAUGGAGAGCUCUACCAUCUUAAAAUCAGGGGACUCAAGGAAGGCUGUUGAUGAGCCUUCUGGGGACCAGCCAGCUCCAUCCAAGGCACUGUUGCGAAGGCAGAGGUCUAAGUCUGGAAAGCUUGCAGACAAGAGACACGACUCUGGAGAGAAAUCAUCAAGCCAUGGGACCACUACUCCCUCUUCGUCCCCCUUACCUACUGACAAAUCAAAGUCCUUUGACUAUGCUGCCCCACAAACACCCGAGAAAUCCAUCUCGGAAACACGAGGUUCAAGAGCGAGCAGCCCUCCACCAACAAAGACGGUCAAAACGAGCGGAGACAGUCAUAAAUCCAAGUCAGGGGCAGCCAGUCCAGGGAGUACUGGUCGCGCCGGAUCACCGGUGGGAGGUGAACCCAAGCCACAAGCAGAGACGACUAAGGAGUUUAUGGAGCGUGUCCAGGCAUCAUUGCAUGAGAGAGCUGAGGCUUCUACGGUGAAGCUAUCCUCCGUCAAUAUUUACCAGUGCAACUGUUGGUGCCAAGGGUGGGCUGAGGUGUAUGUGAGACGACCAACAGGCAACACAUCAUGGAUCAUGCGUAUUGAGAAUGGGGGCGCCCUUCUACCGUCUACUACCGAUUUCCCAUUGGCAGAUGUGUCCUCCUUGCUGCUCCGUAACCGAGAACUCGACUUAGAAAUUGAUGCUAUGGAGUUUGACGAAGAGGGCAGUGAAAAUGAUGAUGGGGAAGAGUUGAUGCUUGAAGAGGCAGAAGGAGAUGGAAUGGAGGGUUUGCAGGAGAAAGAUGCUGGGCAUAGCAACCAACUGGUUUCCAAGCAACGGGCUAACAACCUUUCCCCUACAACCUUUAACGCUCACUGGACUAUGGACUCUGGUAGCCCAAAUGAUGAUGCUGACGAAGGCCAAUUCUUCCCUCCACUAAUGGCAGAUUUUUUCCUGGGGACUGGGCCAACCAUUGUCAUUGAUCCGUCCUUCAUCUACCAUCAAAGCAGCUUUUCUGAUGAUGCAGAUGAAGAGUUUUCUAAGCCCAAGCUGGGUCUUUCUCCCCGUGUUCAUCAUGGAAUGUCCUACUUUCCAGGGUAUAGCAUGGUGCAGACAUACAUGGAGGACCAGGGUGUUGACAUGGGAAUACUCAUUGAAGAUGCCACUUCCGAUCUUGAAAACAUUGCCGAAUUAGUUGAAGAAGCCUUGCCCAGCAGGAGGAUCUUUCCUCGUUCUCAUUCGUGUCCAAGCAUAAUGCAGUUGAUGGCAUCAACAGGGGCAGCUGAUGUAGAGACAGAAGAUGCUGAGAUGUUGAGUACUUCACCUCGGACUGCUGUUCAGGCUUUCCAGCGAAAGCAGGCUCCAAUGUCCAGCUCCUACAAAGAAAUAUCUGUCCUUGAGCAGCGUCUUCUCCAGGAAGAGAGUCCUGGUAUUGUUCAUAAAGACAGCGAUCUUCAUUCUGGUGUAAAUGUUCAAGAAACUGCAAUCCGGGAAGGCGCAGGCAAAACCAUAGAAGGAGCUGCGAGCCAAAACAUGGACCAGACAGAAGUGACAUCACGAGCAGCCGCAGCACCGUCAGCGAAGUUUCUAGCACCUCCGGAUGCCUUGCAGAUGACCUCAGAUCAAACCAGGCCUCGUGGAGGGCAGAAGAAGCCACGGCCUGUGUCAUUGCCUCCGCAGACUGAUGGAGAAGAGUUGCAGAUAGCUUCUGUGGACAAGAAACAGACUUAUCUAGGAGUGGAGAACUUGAAAGGGCAAUCUGGAACAGAGCUUCACUCCAUGGGGCGGCCCAGGGGACAUACUGUGGCUUCUAUGGUGUCAGCUGCAUCAAGUGAGGACAGUGCAGGAAGGAGACGGAGGACAUCUGAGAACAGACCGAGGACCAUGAACAGAACAGGGUUGAGUCCUAGUUUUGUCUUCCUUCAACUCUAUUAUUCUCCAAUGUUCUGUGAUGACCAGGAACGACCUGUAGCCCUUCCAAUGUCACAAGUUACUCAGCGAGCAGUCAAGGUACUAGACCGAAUUCCACCCUAUGACACACAUAAGAUAGGAGUGCUGUAUGUUGGACCAGGCCAGUCUAACGACCAGAUAGCCAUCUUGUCCAAUGUCUAUGGCUCCAACCGUUAUGUGGAGUUCCUUCAAGGUCUGGGUAGGUUAAUAUCACUCAAGGAUGUGUCUCCCAGUGAAGUCUACACCGGUGGUUUGGACCAUCAAGGAGGAGAUGGCAAGUUUACUUACUGGUGGCAUGAUGAUAUCAUGCAAGUGAUCUUCCACGUGGCGACCCUCAUGCCCAGUAAGGAAUCGGACCCAACCUGUAACUCCAAGAAACUUCACAUUGGUAAUGACUUUGUGUCCAUUGUAUACAAUGAAAGCAAGGAACCCUACCAACUUGGAACCAUCAAGGGCCAGUUUAACUUUGCAGAGAUUGUCAUUGAACCCUUGGACAGUGAGAGCAACCUGGUCACAGUUCAAGCCAAACAAGAUUUGGAGGCUAUGAUUGGGAGUCGUGGUCCACGUAUGAUUACCAACAAGAAUCUGCCAUUGUUGGUGCGACAGAUGGCACUACAUGCUAAUCUGGCCUCUCAGAUCUACCAAAGCCAGAUGAGGGGUAGCCCAGCUGAGGCUUAUACCUCCAAUUGGCUGGAGAGAUUACGUCAAAUCAAGCGAUUGAGAGGCAAAAUCUCCCAGGGGGCACCCUCCAACACGCUAGCAGCCAUGGCAGCCGCCUCGCCUGUCAGACAUCAGGAGAGACGGAAAGGAUCAUCAGUGGCCCUGGAUGAUUUCACAGAUUAUGCUUGAGGGUUGGACCUUGCUAGCACGUGUGGUUUGGGUUAAUACUGGGUGCUAAGAUUUGGUCAAUCUGGCACAAUGGUUCAUUGCAGAAAUGCCGUCUCUUGACAGGUCACAUUGUUGCACAUGGACAUCAUUAGUUGUCUGUCAGACAGUUGUUCUAUUUAGCCUUGAUAGUCGGUCUCAACCAUUAUUGACAAUGGGAAAGUUUGAGUGUGAACCAUGUGUAAACUGCUGGUCAAUCACCUCUUAGCAAUACACUUGUCCAAUGCAGUCUCACUUGUUACAUCCUAUUGUCAAUUUGUUACGAUCGGAAAAACUCAACUAUUUAAGAAUAGCAAUUAUUCCAAAGCUUAAAUUUUCUCUGAUGCAACAAAGAAAUCAAACAAGGUAACACUGAUAUAAGGAACAAAUAAAUAUGAUUUAAUGGGAAUGGAACUAGUUUACAAUGAUAAGGAAUAUCUCAUAUAAACAAAAUGUUCUUGUGGAUGAGAGCUUGACAGACACUACAUCGAAGAAUGCUGGACUCCACAGAUGGUGAAAAAACAGUUCAGUACUAGACUCUGUGAGUACUACUAGCUCUGUGAGUAUUUCUCUCUGUCCUUGUCUGCCAGAGCCCAUCUUUUAUACCGUACAACUCUUCUACAAAUUUCUUUUCAUUACGUAAGUGUCUUAAAGUAGACUUUUAGCAUUACUUAUUUCUAAAGAAACCUCCAGAGUAUACACUACACGACUGGAAAUAUCGUUAACUUACAAGAAAUUUCCAAAUGAUCGAUGAAUUUCAGGAUCAUGGCCACAGUGCAUAAGGCAAGGUAUUUAUGUCAGAUUUAGGUUUUGCAGUGGAUUAUUGUAUGCGAUCUUGUACAAAAAUAUUCAAACCCCCAUAAAUCAAAAAUUUCAACAAGGCAAAUUCUGUCAUGCUACCAUGAUGUAUAUCCAUGGAUGUACCUUCUAAUUGUUCAUCAUAUUCUGUAGGAAUAGAAAGACCAACAUGUCAAAACACAUCUCAGCUGAAUUAAUGAUCAAGUUGUUUACCAAGUUAUUUUAAUUUAAAACCUUUGUUAUUUUCACUCAGCUAUUCUCAGUGUUCAAAUAAACCGACUAAGUUCUCUGCGAUUGAGUGUCAAAGUUUAUAUCACAAUAAACAUCAUGUCAACAAAUGUUUGUCAUUGUACACAUGUAGGUUAAAUUCGUCGGCUGUUUGCUUUGUUUCAAGUUUCAACUACUGUUAUACAGUUUAAAAAAUUCAAAUACGUCUGGUGUGUGAUUGUACAUAUCCACGUGUCGUCAGGUACUGCUUGGUAAAAUCAUUGGAAGUAUGAGACAAAGUAGGCCCUGUUGUGGGAGCUCAUCAGAAAUUUGCAGAAAACACAUUUUGCCUUUGUGUGUGUAAUGUUGGGGAGUCAUCCAUAAACACUGUCAUUAUAACGACAGAACACACAGCUCUUUUAUGUCAAAUAUGGACAAAACUUAAAGGCUGUCACAAAUUUAUUGAAAAACUUGAUGAUGCCUAGCCUACUGUCAGCUGUUAUAUGUUGCUGGUAUGAAAUCUAAAAUUGUCUUUAGAAAAUUAAUUGACAGAGGCAGACGAUAGAUUUAUAAAUAACAUGGGCAGUAAAGCUGUAAAAGUCAGCCUGAUUUGCAUCUCUCUGACAUCAACUGUGGAGGUCAAACUUGAGAGGUGCGAGAUUAAAAAAAAUACAACCUGCACUGUUAUUGAUUGUUGUAUGGCAAAAAGGGCCCGUGUGUUUGUUUCCUGAAAAAAGGUGCUUUGGUGUGAAAGAAAUGAAAUCAAUAAGGCAGUA